CUAGUUGGUAAAACUGAUGUGGAAUCUUGGUUGAAUGUGAAAUAUCUUUCCGAUAGUGUGAGUUAACUAAUGCAAAACCGUAAAUAUUUCUAAGUUGUUUUCUUCGUAUAAAAAUAUCUAAUUAGUCAUUUAUUCAUAUUACAAACAAUGGCUGAUGCAGCUGGUGAACAAUUGUCAAAAAAGUAAGUUCAAUAUAAAUUGGGAUACCAUUCAAUCUGUUCAAUGGUAUUUAUAACCUAAAACCAUGAUGCAAACUUUACAAUUUAUGAGGAAACAAGUAUUUUCUUUUAAUUAUGGAUUAUUACAAAAAAGUAAAAGUGAAUUGAAGAGGCGUCUUAAAUCGGAACAGAAAGCUAAAGAAAAGGCCGAAAAAGCUGCUCAACAGGCUCCCCAAGCUGUGAAGCAGAAAGAAUCGAAGGUUAAAGAAGAAGAAGUUAGUCCUAAUGAAUAUUACAAACUUAGAUCGACAGCUAUAAAUAAACUUAAAGAUCUGGGAGGUGAACAAUCUCCUUACCCACACAAGUUUCAUGUUUCAUCAUCAUUGGAAGGUUUUAUUGAGAAAUAUUCAUCCCUGAAAGAAGGUGAGAUAUUGGAAAAUGAUCGACUCAGUGUAGCAGGGCGUAUUCAUGCUAUUAGGGAAUCUGGUCCUAAACUAGUUUUUUAUGACUUAAGAGGCGAAGGAACUAAGUUACAAGUUAUGGCCAAUGCUAGACUUUAUGAAGAUGAAUCAAAAUUUUUAGAAGAUACUGGUAAAAUAAGAAGAGGUGAUAUAAUAGGAGUUGAAGGAGUCCCAACUAAAACCAAAAAGGGUGAACUUUCUAUUUUACCAAAGAAAAUAAAAUUGUUGUCUCCUUGUCUCCAUAUGUUACCCCAUUUGCACUUUGGUCUUAAAGAUAAGGAAACACGAUUCAGACAGAGAUAUCUAGAUCUUAUAUUAAACAAUAGAGUACGUAAAAUUUUUGAAGUAAGAGCCAAAAUUAUUGCAUAUGUUAGGAGGUUUUUGGAUGAAAUGGGUUUCUUGGAAAUUGAGACUCCUAUGAUGAACAUGCAACCUGGAGGAGCUAUAGCUAAACCUUUUAUUACCCAUCACAAUGAAUUAAAUAUGGAUUUGUAUAUGAGAAUUGCACCAGAAUUGUACCAUAAGACUUUGGUCGUUGGAGGGUUAGAUAGAGUAUAUGAAAUUGGAAGACAGUUUAGGAAUGAAGGUAUAGACCUUACUCAUAACCCAGAAUUUACAACUUGCGAAUUUUAUAUGGCUUAUGCUGAUUACAAUGACCUUAUGACAAUUACUGAAGAGAUGGUAUCAGGCAUGGUGCAUAGUAUACAUGGUAGUUAUAAAAUUAUGUAUCAUCCUAAUGGACCCGAUGAAGAAGCCGUGGAAAUAGAUUUUACACCUCCUUUUAAAAGAGUUUCUAUCAUAUCUACUUUAGAGAAAGAAUUAAAUGUUAAAUUUCCUUCUGAUUUGGAUUCUAGUGAAGCUCAAAAGUUCUUGAAUGAUCUCUGUAUAAAGCAUAAUGUUGAAUGUACUCCACCUAGGACUUCCAAUAGGCUGCUGGACAAGCUAAUUGGAGAUUUCAUAGAGGAAAAAGCUAUUAAUCCCACUUUUAUCAUUGAACAUCCACAAGUGAUGAGCCCAUUAGCUAAAUGGCAUAGAUCAAUUCCUGGAUUAACGGAAAGAUUUGAAUUAUUUGUUAUGAAGAAAGAAAUAUGCAACGCAUACACUGAAUUAAAUGAUCCUGUUGUUCAACGUGAAAGAUUUGAACAACAAGCAGCAUUGAAAGCCGAAGGAGAUGAUGAAGUACCUUUGUUAGAUGAAGACUUUUGUAAGGCUUUAGAGUUUGGACUUCCUCCAACAGCCGGUUGGGGUAUGGGCAUUGACAGAGUGACAAUGUUCUUGACUGACAAUAACAACAUUAAGGAAGUUUUGCUUUUCCCAGCUAUGAAACCAGAUGAUCCUAAUAAGAAUAAAGAGGAAUCUGAAGAUAAAUUGGUAGAUGGUGCUAAAUAAGUGUAUACUUGUGAAAACACUAUUUUUUUUUGAUUUGAAAUAAAACAUGAGUUCACUCACAGAUC